CUGGUGCUAACUGGUACAAACUAAUUAAAGGAUUUCUAACAGAUAAACUAAAUAUGACUGAAGUCCUGGGAUGGCCAUGUGUAUUUAUGAAAAGGAAAGAUAAACAAGUAUUGAUAAUCUGUUUAUUUGUUGAUGAUAUGAUACUGUUCACUAACUCAAAUAAAAUGGCAACUGACGCAAUUGAACUAUUAAAGACAAGAUUUGCUACAAAGGUUAUAAACGACGGCAAAGGCAACACAAUAAACAAAUAUGACAUUCUAGGUAUGGAAAUCGAAUAUGUUAAGAACCACUCCAUGAAAUUUGGCAUGGAAAAAUCUCUAGAGGAGAAACUCCCAACGCUAGGUAUAGACUUAUCGAAGCUAAGGAAAGUCCCAGGAACCCCAGGUCUGAUUAUAGAAAAGGAGGACAUCAAAGUUACCAAACAAGAAUAUAACCAAAAGGUGAAAUGGAUGCAACAAAUCAUUGGACUCGCAUCUUAUGUUGGUUACAAAUACAGAUUUGAUUUAUUAUACUACAUUAACGUACUAGCAAGACAUACAUUAUAUCCAAGUGGUACGGUAAUCCAAUUAGCUAAAGAACUGAUCCAAUAUUUAUGGAACACAAGAGGAAGGAAAUUAAUAUGGUUGAAAUCAAAUAAUUCAAAUACCCACAAUAAAUUGGAUAUAAUAUGUGACGCUUCAUUUGCAAACCAAGAAAACUUCAAGUCUCAAUACGGUCAUAUAAUAAAGCUGAAUGAUAACAUUAUUGCCGGAACUUCAUCCAAAAGUACUAUCACAUGCUCUUCAUCAACAGAAGCAGAAUUAUACUCUGUUAGCCAAGCUAUUCCUCAAUUUGAAUUAUUAACGGCCCUAGUAAAAGAAAUCGAAGAUAAAACUAUAGAACUGAAAUUGAUCUCUGAUAGCCAACCAGGAAUAGCCUCCAUGAAAAACAAUGAUGAAAAAAUUAUGAAGAAAAAGUUUUAUGCAAUUAGACUACUAAGAUUAAAAGAAGAGAUAAAAGAAAGGAUAUCAAACUCGAAUAUAUUAACACUAAGGAAAACAUCGCAGACAUUCUUACUAAACCACUACCAGUAA